AUGUCCGGCCUCUCGGCUCCCGUCGCCGCGUUCGAGGGUGGACAGGUGGUCGUGCGCAGGCAGGAGCACGUCCGAGCUCUCAACCGGUGGGAGCACGGCGCGCACGGCGAACUAGUCACCUCGGACGGCGCAUUCACGCCCGUCUCGCACCGCGCUGCCGCGGCUGAAGGUGCCGAUCCGUGCUGGCUGCAGCUCGGACUUACCGAGGCGUACCACCUCGCGUUCGUGCAAAAUCGACUGCGCAUCUUGCUCGCUGCCUCUGCAGGCGACGGAGCCACUGCCGGUGACUGCUGGGUGGCCUUUUGCCAGUCUUCGGCCCGCUUCCCGCAUGAGUACGCGGCCUAUCAGCGGCUCGUCUCGGACGGCUGGCGCGUCCGCUCCGGCCUGUCCUUUGGCGCGGACUUCGCGCUCUACUCGGCGGUCGGCGGGCGGGAGCACGCCUCGCAUCUGGCCCUCGUGCAGGCGGCCGCCACCGAGGCUCCGCUCACGUGGCGGGCGCUGCAGUCGCACGUGCGGCUCAGUCACCAGGUCAACAAGAGGCUUGUCCUCUGCCACGUCGGAGCAGACGACACGCAGUCAGCAGCCUUGAACGGCAGCGGCGGCGCGGAACUUGCGACAGCGCUGUCGGUCGCUCUCUUGACAGUGAACGGUUGGUCACCAGCGCGAGCACAUGGAGAGGAGUCGGCACUCGAGUAG